AUGUCGUUGUCUAUGGAAGAUAUUAAAAAAAAUUCCAAACUAAUUGUCGCUAGUGAUGAUAAGACAAAUUAUAAUUUUAUUGUCAAACUUAUUAAAGAAUUAACAAUAAAUGAUGAAAAUAUAGUUGAUGAACAAUACUGGGAAGGAAAUGAACAAAAAUUAAGAUUUGUUGUUGUAUCUUUGUUCCAGAUAUUUAAGAAGCUUUUUAAUCGUAAUGAAAUUACAAUGAAGAAAUCUAAAUCAACAGAAAUAAUGCAAUUCAGAGAUUGGUGUAAGAAGAUGUUUGAAUCUUUUAAGAAUUGCUUGUUAAAUAUCAUCCAAAAUAUUCCAUUCGAAACUUCCAUCUCCUUAGAUUGUUUAGAUAUUUACAUGCAAUUAUUAGAACUUGAAUCAGAAUAUUUCUCUUCAGGUGAAGAUGAUCCAUAUUUCCCAAAUAUAUCAUUUAGAAAAUUAUUAACUGCUAUUUGGAACUCAAAUUUUCAAGAUGAAGAAUCAGAAAAUGGCCAAUCCAUAAAUAGCAUUGUAAUUGAAUUCACCAAUAGUUAUUAUAAAAAAUUUGCUGAUAUACAAUUUUAUUUUCAAGCAGAGUUAAACAAGUUUCUAUGUGAUGAGAACGAAAAAGUUAAUUAUACCACCAUUAAUGGUGUAGGGAAAUGGAUGACUAUUGUAAACCAUGAUGUUCAUUGUUCAAAUACAAAUGAAGAAGACUCGUUGGAAGUUUUUGUUUCAAACCCUCCAAAGAUUGUUGAAGAUAUUUCAAAAUUUAAAGCGAAUUUCGAAAGUAAUUGGCUACAUAUGCUAAAUUCAGAUUUAACAGUAGGCCAAUAUAAGUCCAUCUUAUUGGUUUUGCACAAAAGAAUUAUACCUAUUUUUAACACACCUUCCAAACUAAUGGACUUUUUAACCGAUUCUUAUAAUGUGAACAUAGGUAAAAAGGAUAAUAACAGUGGGUUAAUUCCAAUUUUGGCCUUAAACGGUUUAUUUGAAUUAAUGAGAUUAUUUAAUUUGGAAUAUCCUAAUUUUUAUCCAAAAUUAUACCAAUGCUUAGUUCCAGAUUUAAUGCAUGUCAAAUACAGAUCAAGAUUUUUUAGAUUAAUUGACUUAUUUUUAUCAUCAUCACAUUUAUCAACCCAUCUAAUAGCUUCUUUUAUUAAAAAGUUGGCUAGAUUAUCUUUAACUGCCCCACCUGCAGCCAUUGUUACAAUAAUUCCAUUCAUUUACAACCUACUGAGGAAGCAUCCAAAUUGUAUGAUCAUGUUACACAACCCAAUGUUUAUCGAAAACGCAUUUGCUACUGAUGAGGAAAGGAUGGCAUUAAGAGAACUGAAACUAAAUUAUAAAGAUUCAUAUGACGAUAGUGAAACUAAUCCAGAAUUAACAAAUGCUAUCAAUUCAUCUUUAUGGGAAAUUGUUACCUUGAUGGAUCAUUAUCAUCCUAAUGUGGCAACAUUAGCAAAAAUAUUCGCUCAACCUUUUAAGAAAUUAAAUUAUAAUAUGGAAGAUUUCCUUGAUUGGAGCUAUGAUUCUUUGUUAAGUGCUGAGUCAACUAGAAAAUUAAAGGUUUUACCUACUUUGGAAUUUGAAAGUUUUGAUCACAUUUUUGGUGAAGUUGAUGAAGAAAAGGGAGUUGAAACUGAAGCUUAUUUAGUUAGUAUAGAUUGGUAA